AUGGCUACAACUUGUGCUCCCUGUGGAAAAACCGUAAAAAAUUCAGAAAAAUCUAUAAUUUGUGCUGGAAAAUGCCGACGCCUCUUCCAUCAGACAUGUUUGAAGCUCAGUGAUGAUAACUACAAGAAAUAUUGCAGUGACAACGCCCAAAAAUGGCUUUGUCGAAGGGAAGACUGCGUGGAUGCACCUAACCUAAAAGAUCUCGUGGCUGUCCUCACCAAAAAGAUUGAUGACAGUACUACUAGUCUAAAGAAAGAAAUAGCUGACAUAAUAGCCAGCCAAACAUUUAUCUCCGAGCAGUAUGAAAACCUUAAAAGUGAACUCAGUGAGCUGAAAGAGCGAGUGAAUGACGUAGAAGCAAGAGAGGCUCCUACUAUGGAGUUUAAGACUGAACUUGCUGAGAUACAGCAGUAUCAAAGAAGGAACAACUUAAUAAUCUCUGGAAUCCCAGAGACGACCAAUGAAGAUGUGUUUCAGAGACUCUUUGAUAUGGCUGCAGCCCUGAAAGUCGAUCUCCUUGCCAGUGACAUCGAUGCAGCUCAUAGAAUAGGCAAAAAAACGGACACAAGACCCAGAAGAGUCAUCGUCAAACUAACAAAUAGAUGGAAGAAAGAACAACUCUUAACUGCAAACCGGUGGUUUGGUAAAACCAAUAAAAGAACUCUCCUCACCAGUGAUAUCAACUACAUGGGCUCUCCAACAAAAAUCUACAUAGACGAACAUCUAAUCCCUAUGAUGGACGGAUUAGCCAAGAAGUGUAGGGAUCUAAAGCAUCAGGACAAAAUAGUAUCCACAUUUGUAAGGGACUGUAAAAUAGUUGUCAAGGUGAAGAAAGAGGACAGACCAACCCACAUAAGGUCAGAAGAUGACUACUACAAACUUCUUCUUAGCCUACAAUAA